AUGGCGAUAGUAAAACAAACUGAUUUACGUCUGAAACACAUACCCGAUGAACUUUGCAAGACACAGAGCAUUUACAUAAACGUAGGGGAACUGAAUUUUAGUAACAACGAUUUUGAGGAAAUACCGGAAACUAUUCAACUGUUCUCUACUAUGAAAAAAGUUUCGUUUUCUAAUAACCAGUUGAAAACAUUGAACGACUAUUUGUUUAUUUUAACCGACUUAGAAAGCGUUUGUUUCAAUCAAAACAAAUUGGAGUCCCUGCCAAAGUCGAUUGAAAGUCUCGUCAAACUCACUUCCCUUGAUGUGUGUGCGAACAAAUUACAUACGUUUGGACUCACCCUCCCUAUCAAAAGACUUGAUCUCUCAGCUAACUUCUUUACUACUAUUACACUGGGAGCAACCAAUCUGACCUUUCUCGAUUUGUCACAGAACGACUUAAAAGAAUUCCCAGUUCUCGAGUGUCCCAAGCUAAGACAAAUCAAUGCCUCUUAUAAUAACAUCCAAGGACUUCCAGACCAAAUCACUUUAUUAUCGUCGCUUCGAAACUUGGACUUAAAGAACAAUGAAAUUACUCAACUUCCUCUGAACUUCUCUUUAUUAACAGCACUCACACAACUUCAAUUAGAAAAUAACCCGAUCAGUGGAGUACCUCCUAAUUUCAACACAAUGAGAAUAAAGAAACUUAACGUCACCGCUACGAAGAACUUCUUAUUUGAACCAAUAGCAGAACUAAAGGAGUUGGUAUAUAGUAAAGUUAACGCUGAUAUCCUGUUCGACGACUAUACCCCACUGAAGAAUUUGGACACGUUGGACAUAUCAAAUAACAGAUUUAAAGUACUCACAGCAACAUCCACUAAUUUGGUCACGUUAAACGUCUCAUAUAACUUGAUAUCAACGUUAACACUCACACCAAAUUGCACAGUACAAAAGGUCUUUGCUCGACACAACUGCAUCACUGCGAUCGACCAAACCAUUUUCAACAACCAGAAAAUUGCGAUUUUGGAUAUGUCAAAUAACGAGUUGCAGACUUUGCCCAUGAAAAUGGAGAUGGCGCGACUCCAACAUUUCAAUGUCGGCUUUAACAAGUUAAAUCACAUCGAUAUCGACUUCUUGAAGGUUUUAACGCUGACCCAUUUAGACAUUUCCUUCAACAAAAUCGUCACUUUGCCGACCCAAAUAGGGACGCUCUCAAACUUGAAAUCGCUUCAUAUCACCGGGAACAACAUUGCGACUUUACCACUUGAAUUCAGUCAAUUAAUAAGUUUAACUAAACUGCACGCUUCCGACAACAAAUUUACGACGUUUCCAAGUGUUCUUCUGACUCUCUCGACUUUAGCGAAGCUGUACAUCUCGUCCAACCACUUUGAGGAGUUGCCGAUGUUGUCGACGUUGAUGAACUUACAGACCUUCGACGCGUCAAAUUGCUUCAUCACCUCCGGGAAGUCGGUGAUCAACUUGAUCAAGCUCGAGCAACUGAAUUUGAGUAACAAUUACAUCUCGGAGCCUCCGACCCUAACGGGGUGCACCGCACUUGUCUACGUCGACAUCUCUUACAACUCCCUCCAGAAGUGUUUUGACGCGUCGCAAUUCAAAAAGAUCCACAUGCUCGACGUCUCCUUCAACGACUUAACUGAAGUCCCAAAGCACUCAGACACCACUGUUGUGCGAUACGACGGCAACACGGCGCUUCAUCGCUUUCCGUUCUUGCCCCGGUUCAAUAACGGACUUAAGUUCGGGUCGGUCCCAAUCACAUGUGCUGGGGCGCAGAUGUGUGCGGACAGAGAUGAGAUGCAAGACGCGUUCAUCUGUAUUCCUCAUUUUGCGGCUCCGGAGCACUUCUUAUUAGUCGCGAUAGACGGACAUAAUGGGUGUUAUGUGCCAUAUAUGUUCUCAAAUCGAUUCCCACAGAUCUUCUAUGACAUGUUGUCGCGAGACGGAGGGUCGCUUGGGAUCAAAGAGGCUCUCUACCAGUCGUUCGACGCACUGCAAAAUGAGUUUGCGGGCGAUUCGAAGGCUGUGGAUGGAGCGGUGGCUACGGUAGUCUUCAUGACACCGACGCAAAUAUACACCGCACAAUGCGGAGACUGUCGCGCAGUGUAUAUCACGUCCGGAGGGAUCAUUCAAUUGGCGCCAGAACACAAAACAAGUGAUAGAAAGGAACAAAUCAGAAUCCGAAGUGAAGGCGGGUUCGUAGAUAACUCGAUGAGAGUCUGUGGGCUACUCGUGGCACGUUCUGUGGGGGAUGUGAAGAGUAAACCCAUCCUCACACAUAUCCCGGAUAUCACAGUAAUAGAUAGAAAGGCGGAUGAAGAGUACUUGGUAGUCGCUACUGAUGGCGUUUGGGACGAAGUGUCUAACCAAAAGAUACACAACAUUCUCCACUCCAACAGAAGAGUCUUCAGAACAAGUGAGUUGGUCGGGUUACUCAAGGACACGGCUUAUGUCAGUUGUGUAUCUACCCAGAUCCCCGACAACAUAGGUAUCGUCCUUGCUAGAUUUUAA